AUGAAACAUAAGGAGGAUAAACUUAAAAAAUAUUUGGAUUUGAAUGUAUCUAUGUUAUUAUGUUGUUUAGACUCUAAUGAAUUUUAAGAUCCUUAAAGAAGAGUUGAUUUUGUCAAGAAUAUGUAUAAUUUCUUGACUCUUGAGUUCUUUAUUACGUCUUUAAUUAUUGCAUUGGGAAUGGAAACAGGAGUAAUGGGUUGGCUUGGUUAUGAAUUCGAAGAAUGUCACAAUUACAACGAAAAUGAUUGGGAAUGUAUUAUUUAUAUUUGGUUAUCUCCUUUAUUCUACGUUUCUUUAGCUAUAUCAAUAUUAUUGCAAUUCAGUCUAUAUUUUGUAGUAAACACUUUAAGAAAGGUAAUAACUUUAUUUCUAUUUUAGGAUCCUUUUCCAUACACGAUUUUAAUUCUGUAAUUAUUUUUUUAUGGAUUUCUCGUCACUACAAUAUGCAUAAUAGCGCGUUUUAAUAUUGGAAGAGCAAGUAUUUUGAUUUCAAUGGGAAUUAUUUUUCUAGCAAUAAUUUCUUAAACGUUUUACUUAAAUUUAAACAUAAGAGAUGUAUCUUUCAUAAGUAUAAAUCAUUCCAUAUUUUAUAGUCUGUGCAAUUAUAAUUGCAGGCAUAACUAUUCUGAUGCUAAUCAUACUACCUUUUGUUAGAGACAUUGGUUUUUUAAAGUGCUUUUUAUGUUCAUUAUUAUUAAAAAUAUCAUUAGACAAUAUAAUUGUAAUCUAGUGA